AUGUGCAUCCUUUAUGCAACUGGUGCCACUCUGGUGGAAGUGGACUGCCUUCCAGACACCCAAGUGGCCCUGGACAUUUCCCUGAGGCGCAACCUGAUCUGGUGGCAUCAAACCCUCCUGCAGCGGUUCGACGUGCUGGCCUUCCGCACACGGCAUCACCAGCAACCACCACCGCUGCCGGCCCAGCAGCACCAGCAACCACCACCGCUGCCGGCCCAGCAGCACCAGCAACCACCACCGCUGCCGGCCCAGCAGCACCAGCAACCACCACCGCUGCCGGCCCAGCAGCACCAGCAACCACCACCGCUGCCGGCCCAGCAGCACCAGCAACCACCACCGCUGCCGGCCCAGCAGCACCAGCAACCACCACCGCUGCCGGCCCAGCAGCGCCAGCAACCACCACCGCUGCCGGCCCAGCAGCGCCAGCAACCACCACCGCUGCCGGCCCAGCAGCGCCAGCAACCACCGCCUCCACAGCAGUAG